UGUGUGGCGCUCCGCCCUCUUCUCCCCUCGAGCUGCAGGUUCGGUGCCGGCGGGGGCAGUUUUUGCCAUGUUUGGAAAUGCUGGUGUCGCCUCCGAGAGAAGGACGAGGAGGAGGUGGUUUAGGAAGGAGGGCGAGUCGACGACAGGGCGAAGCCAAAUCCCCCGGCCAUGGCCCAAGCCAAGAUCAACCAGCUGAAGAGCGGCGACGCGGACAACAAGUUCCUGCGCUCCAUGUCCAUGGCAGACCGGUCGGGCCGCUUGCUGGAGACACUGGACGAGCUGGAACUGAGAGUGGAGGCUUUGCGGGAAGCAGCAGCUUCAAUGGAGCAGGAGAAAGAGACUCUGCUGGAACUGAUCCAGAGUGUGCAGAUCAGCCAGGACAUGAGGAAUAUCAGUGAUGGGGAGCGAGAGGAACUGAACCUGACCGCCAAUAGGCUGAUCGGCCGGACGCUGACGGUGGUGGUUUCUGUGCAGACCACCCGCAGUGCCCAGCAGGAGGAGUUCCUCAGCAGAGCCACGGCGCUGAUUGACGAGGAGGUCGACAAGCUCCUGCAGGACGUGGCAAGCGCCAAGAGCCGCCUGGUCGCUCUCUACAACGCCUGCUCCUCCGAGGCUGUGCAGGGCCCCGUCAAUCAGAAAUUCCAGUCCAUCAUCGUCGGCUGCUCUUUGGAAGAUCAAAAGAAAAUCAAGACCAGACUGCAGAAGCUGAUCAGAAAUGUGUGCAGCGCUGACAGAUCCAUCGCCCUCCUGGACCAGAAGGUGGCACAGAUUGGCAACUACAACCACCUCCAACAAAAUGUAUGUAACAGGAACACCAGAGAUGGAAAAUGAAAAGUAAGAUGGCUGCAUUAUUCUGUGGAGAAGAGAAAAUAAUGAAACAUUGUGAUAUCCAGUUCUCCUCACAUAAGUACAUUAAAAGGAGCUAAAAAGGCAAAUUAAGAUUAUUCUACAAAUA